ACGGAGAGAGACUAGACACAUGGCCGGUGUGUGGAGUCUGCGAGAUAUGGUGGACUUGGAAGCCGUCAGGUCGUGGCUGCCCCCCUCCUGGGUGCUGGCGACCGCUGGCUCUGCCGUGGUGGCCUACCUGAUCUACAAGUCGGUACGGAUCCUGCGUACUGACUGCGAUCUGACGCUGAUGUCCAAGAGUCUACGACCACAGUACUUUUCAGGCAGAGUGGUGUGGGUCACCGGGGCAUCUUCUGGAAUUGGAGAGGCACUGUGUCGUGAGCUAUCGAAACACGGAGCACUGCUGAUAAUGAGUGCUCGCUCAGACCAGACUAUGGAGACCAUCAAACAAUCCCUUGCUCAUCCAGAGAAUGCAAAGAUUCUUCCAUUGGAUCUCAGUGAUGCUAAAAUCUGCAGCUCCGCUACUGAGAAGGCUCUGGAACUGUUUGGUCGAGUAGACAUCCUCAUCAACAAUGCUGGUGUGUCUCAGCGAUGUUUCUUUAUGGACACUGAUGAAGGGACUGAUGAUGCAAUGAUGCAAAUCAACUAUAAAGCUCCUCGUACUCUAACUCAAGGUGUCAUUCCAGGUAUGUUAGAGCAGGAUUUUGGCCACGUUGUCAACAUCUCGUCAAUAUGCGGUGUAAGUGGGAUGCCUCUGAGGUCUACCUACUGUGCCAGCAAGUUUGCACUCCGAGGACUUACGCAUACCCUUCGCUAUGAGUUCCAUGAUAAGAAGAAUCUCCGUUUCUCUCUGGUGUGUCCGGGACCAGUCCAGACCUCAGGUGAUCAGAACUCCCACAUCGGUGGAGGCAGACUCCACGGGAAGUCUGACGACCUCAAUCAACAAAGAAUGACUGCUCAGAGAUGUGCUCAGCUGACAUUGGUGGCAAUAUCUAACCAACUCCUUGAGGUGUGGGUGUCACGCAAGCCGGCUCUGUAUGUACCCUACCUCGCCCACUACGCUCCCAGCACACUCCACUUCCUCUGGAGAGCUAGGUCUGGGGCAUUCAUCCAUGAGACUAUGGGAAGAUCCAGCUAUUGACUAGGAUUGUGUGAAGCUUAAUAUUAAUUUUAUUGAUUAUUUACCCUCAGAGCGCACGACCAUCCUGAAACGUGGGUUAGCAUACAUACAUGUCUGUCUGUCUGAAAGUCUGUGUUACCACGGUUUCUGCUAACAAAGCAUCC